AUGGACACCACUUCGCAACGAGGUGCCAGUCCUUCUGUCGGCACAUUGCAGGAAGAGCGGGACCGCAAUGUGUUGCGUCUCGCUCCAGAAAAGAAGGCAUGGAUGCCUCCUAAAUCUGUCAUGGAUCACUUGUCGGCGACGACGAGUGAUCGUUAUCGAACACGGUUGCUCGAUUCGUCAAGGAUCCAUCACCUUGACCUCAGCGCGAAAAACUAUCGCGCUGAACAUGAUUUCUUCAUCGAUGCUUUCUUUAGGCAUCGAUGGUACAGUGGGAAUCACAAGCGUGAUAGUCCCUCACUACUUCAAGCAUGGAACGCCUACAUCCAUAACCUCGAGGAUGUAGGUCGUGAUGUUUGGAACGACAAACUUGUCAAAGCUCGUGAUAAGUUUGAAAAGCGAACCCCGACGGGUGCACGCUACAAGCUGCAUCGUCUGUCAAGGGAGAAAGUGUUACCCUGCCUCUCUUGGGGAGACUCGUGCCCAUGUUGUGUGAACAACUCGGCACGAGCACCUAAGGAGGCUUACCUACUUACUAGCCCGUGGUGGCGCGUACGCAUCUCUACCGAGAUGUACGAAGGGAUUGACAAUCUCAAAUCCCUUUACGACCGUGCCGGGAAGACUUUCUCCGGCGGUCCUUCUGCGGCACAGGAUGUGCCGCGUCGUACUGCUCAACCAGACCCAGUACGUCAAUCAUCAGCUGGGAGCGGGGCUCCCAAGAAUCCCAGGACGGGGGAUAGCCGUGCCACCGGACGAGAUAACUCGUCCGACGUCCGUUCACGUCGCGGUGGUUCAACAGGUGCUCAACCAGAUAGCGCUGGCCACCGCGAGAGUCCUCUAAUGGAGGUGGAGGAGGAGGAAAGACGCUCUCCACACGAUCAUGUGGAUCCGUGUGUUCCCGAGAGCUUCUUUGAUCGCGUAACUCUUGCGUUGCGCGGCGACCUCGACCAUGAGUGGGACAGGCGUCUCCAACUGGCGAACACUGUCUUGAAGCAUCGAGCUGAGUUUGCCUUUGCUCAGCUUGAGAACGAGAGAGCUCUGACAUCUCUUCGUGACGAGCUAAGGGUAGCUCGUGGGAUUGUUGAUCGGUCUCGGGAUGAGAUAACUGCUCUUCAGACCCUUGUUGAUGCCCAUCAUCGGGAGCACAAGGCUCUCUGCGAGAUGCUUGAGCGCAAGGGCGUUCUUCAUCGGAAGAAGCAGUGUACUGAUGGUACGGCUUAG